CUCCAAACUCCUAUGCAAGCGCUGUUCCUGACCAAGAAGACCCAAGGAGACCAUCUCUGAAAUCAAGUCCAGAUGAAGAACUGAAAGGAAACAAGUGAGUAUGGUUUUCGCUCACAGAAUGGAUAACGGCAAGCCGCCCUUGGUUAUUCCCACGCUGCUGGUGCCCCUGCAAAACCACAGCUGUGCGGAAACAGCCUCCGCCCUGCCACGCCACGAGCGGACGGCGUUCCACGAGGAGCGCGGCUGGAGGAGCAACACAACAGACCUGCAGCCUGGGCUGAAACCCGGCGAAGUGGCCACAGCCAGCAUUUUCUUUGGGGCCCUGUGGUUGUUUUCUGUCUUUGGCAAUUCCCUGGUUUGUUUGGUCAUCCACCGGAGUAGGAGAACUCAGUCCACCACCAACUACUUUGUGGUCUCCAUGGCAUGUGCUGACCUUCUCGUCAGCGUGGCCAGCACGCCUUUCGUCCUGCUUCAGUUCGCCACUGGCAGGUGGACGCUGGGCAGCGUGAUGUGCAAGGUUGUGCGCUAUUUCCAGUAUCUCACCCCCGGUGUCCAGAUCUAUGUUCUCCUCUCCAUCUGCAUAGACCGGUUUUACACCAUUGUCUAUCCUCUGAGCUUCAAGGUGUCCCGAGAAAAAGCCAAGAAAAUGAUCGCGGCUUCGUGGAUCUUCAAUGCCGCCUUUGUGGCCCCCGUGUUCUUUUUCUUUGGCUCCAGCUGGGACAAUCACUGCAACUAUUUCUUCCCUUCCUCCUGGGAAGGAACCGCCUAUACCAUCAUCCAUUUCUUGAUGAGCUUCGUCAUGCCAUCUGUCCUCAUCAUCUUGUUUUACCAGAAGGUCGUGAAGUACAUUUGGAGAAUAGGCACUGAUGGCCGAACAGUGAGGAGGACCACGAACAUUGUCCCAAGGACAAAAGUGAAAACGAUCAAGAUGUUCCUCAUUUUAAAUCUGUUGUUUUUCCUCUCCUGGCUGCCUUUCCAUGUGGCUCAGCUGUGGCACCCCCAUGAACGAGACUCUAAGAAAAGUUCCCUUGUUUUCACAGCUAUCACGUGGAUAUCCUUUAGUUCUUCGGCCUCUAAACCUACGCUGUAUUCCAUCUAUAAUGCCAAUUUCAGGAGAGGAAUGAAAGAGACUUUUUGCAUGUCCUCAAUGAAAUGUUACCGAAGCAAUGCGUAUACUAUCACAACCAGUUCAAGGAUGGCCAAAAAAAACUACGUUGGCAUUUCAGAAAUUCCUCCCACGGCCAAAACUAUAACCAAAGACUCGAUCUAUGAUUCAUUUGACAGAGAAGCCAAGGAAAAAAAGCUUGCUUGGCCCAUUAAUUCAAAUCCACCAAAUACUUUUGUGUAAUUUCGCAGAAUUCUUUCAAUUAUUGUUAUGUG